AUGGGUGAGGAAGUGGAGCGACUGCUGAUCCAGUUCCAGGAUGAGAAGGGGGAGUUUCUGGGCUCCUCUUUCGAUGUUCCAGUGGACAUCACUCCGGAGAAACUGCAACUUGUCUGCAAUGCAUUGCUUCAGAAGGAGGAGGUGGUGCCAAUGGCGUUCUUCGCUGGUGGCGAAACUGAAAUAGUGUCCAGUCUGGGGGCGUGUGCCAAGGAGCUAGCAUGGGAGACGGAAAAGGUUAUGCCUGUAGUCUACCAGCCCCAGGCCGUGUUCCGGGUGAGAGCCGUCACCCGCUGCACCAGCACGUUGCUGGGACACACCGAAGCUGUCAUCUCAACUGCUUUUAGUCCUACUGGAAAAUAUUUGGCCAGUGGUUCCGGUGACACCACAGUGCGCUUUUGGGACUUGAUGACCGAGACACCACAUCACACUGCCAAAGGACACUCACAUUGGGUUUUAAGUAUCGCCUGGUCGCCUGAUGGCAAGAAGCUUGCGUCGGGGUGCAAAAACAGUCAGAUUUUUCUGUGGAAUCCAGUGACAGGGACACAAAUCGGGAAGACUCUGAUUGGACACACAAAGUGGAUCACUUGGCUUUGCUGGGAACCUCUUCACCUCAAUGCAGAGUGUCGCUACCUCGCGAGCAGCUCCAAAGAUGGCUCAGUUCGCAUCUGGGACGUGGUGCUGGGCCGCUGUGACAAAAUUCUAACGGGGCACACACAGUCAGUCACCUGCGUCAAGUGGGGCGGCGACGGGCUCUUGUACACGUCGUCACAGGACCGGACAGUCAAAGUGUGGCGGGCAAAGGAUGGUGUCCAGUGCAGGACGCUGCAGGGCCACGCCCACUGGGUCAACACGUUGGCUCUCAACACUGACUAUGUGCUGAGAACCGGAGCCUUCGAACCCGCCGACGCAACUGUCAAUCCGCAGGACCUCACAGGAUCACUGGAGGAACUGAAGGGCAAAGCCUUGCAGAGAUACAAUAAUGUUCGGGGUUCCAACCCGGAGCGCUUGGUGUCAGGCUCUGAUGACUUCACCUUGUUCCUGUGGAAUCCCGCUGAGGAUAAGAAGCCUCUCGCCCGCAUGACGGGACACAGCGCCCUCGUCAAUGAGGUGCUCUUCUCACCAGACACCCGGCUCCUGGCCUCAGCCUCUUUUGAUAAAUCUGUCAAAAUCUGGGAUGGUCGAACCGGAAAGUACUUGAUGUCCCUCAGAGGUCACGUGGGGUCGGUGUAUCAGGUGGCGUGGUCGGCAGACAGUAGGCUAUUGGUGAGCGGCAGCAGCGACAGCACGCUCAAAGUGUGGGACGUCAAGACUGGGAAGCUCAAGAUGGAUCUUCCUGGCCACGCAGAUGAGGUGUUUGCUGUGGACUGGAGUCCUGAUGGACAACGAGUAGCCAGCGGCGGAAAAGACAAGUGCCUCAGAAUAUGGAGAAGAUAG